UUCUCUUCCCUCGUUCUUGCUCUCAUGUUCUCUUCUCUCCCUCUCUCUUCCCCUCAAACCCUAGCUUCUCGGAUCUCCGAUCCUCGCCGCGUUAGCCUCUCAAUCCCUUCUCGAUCUCGGAUCUCGGCGGCGUACACCUCGGCUGCUGCGUGGUCUCCUCCGAUCCGAUCAACCGUUGCCUCGGCUUCGCUCUACGACGUGCUGGGCAUCGCGGCGGCGGCGUCUGGAUCCGAGAUCAAGGCGGCGUAUCGCCGCCUCGCCCGCGAGUGCCACCCUGAUGUCUCUCAACGCGCUUCUGGGGAUGAGUUCAUGAAGGUCCACGCCGCCUACGCCACUCUCUCCGAUCCGGAGAAACGCGCUGAUUAUGAUCGGAAAAUGGCUGGGAUCUGGCGCCGCCACCCUGCUCCGCCGCCUGGAUCGGAUUUCUCGUCGGCGUUUUACGGCCAAGCUUCUCGCCGGUGGGAGACUGAUCAGUGUUGGUGAUUGACGAUGAAUCACAGCCGUUAGAUCUUUUGUUUUCCAGAUCUUUCGAUAUGACCCCUUGAUUUGUUGCAAAUUCGGAAGACGAACUGUGGGGCUUUUAGAGCCGUUGGAUUGAGAUGAUGAGUGGUCCUGAUUACUCACUCCACCGGUUUGGAUAAUUCUGUUAACUUAGCAGUGGGAUUUUGUGAUUUUCCCAUUUGUUUUCAGAGGAUGUGUAUAUAAAUUAUUGAAAUUAGAAUUUAGAGUAAAAAUGACUUUUUUAUAUA